AUGUGUGAUAAAGGAUUUAUAAAAGCAAAUUCUGAUAAUGUUCCUAAUAUUGAUAUAUUUAUGGUAGCCGAACUUUUAAAAAAUGAUGUUCGGUUUAAUUCUGCGGAAGUUCGAGACGCCAAGGCAUUGAUAGCAUCGCGUGAAAGUUACGGCGACAAAGCUGUGGGUUAUGCUCAACUUAGUCGUAAAAAUGAAAUUUGUAUUUUAAAAGCACGUGUAUCUCCAGAAAAUCGAGUUCGAAGCAAAGCCUUUUUAGUUACAUUAACAAUUAAUGAGUCAAAAAUCACGCUCAUCUUCGAUAUAAUAUAUGUCACAAAAAACGCGUGGUACACUUUUUUGCCGAAGGGCAAAAUAAACUUAAAGUGUAAUGCUCAAAUGCAACUGCAAUUGUUAAUGACAGGUAAAAGAAAGGAAAUCUUUUGUGUUGCCGAUCAAAACUUUGAAGACAAUCAAAAAUUUAUAGUACGUGUGAUAAUAACAUCGAGGUUUUUGAGAUCGCGGACACCUCGUCCUUAUUCCUUUGAGAGCUGGAGCGAUGGCUCCCAAUCGCAGCAGGAUGUUUUUUUAAAUGAAAUAUAUCAAAGUGAAACUAUCAACCCACUUUAUUCAAGUGUGAUCAAAGAUAGAGUUGAACCAUUUUCGCAAUAUAAUUGCGAACAUUUACCUAUUUUCAAGGAUGCUGUACGGAGCAGGCAAGCUCAACUUAGAUCUAACAAGGAAUACAACUCUGGGUACAAGUUGACAAAAGCUGCUAAUGUUAGGCGUAAUACCCUGGGCCCUCGCGGGUGUGGCCCCGGUGGGGGCUCCGGCGUUGGCGUGAUGGGCGGACACGACAGACGCUCAGGUGGCACUCUCGCCCUGCACUACGCAGCCGCCAGAGGAUGCCUGGACUGCGUGCGGUUGCUGGUGCAUUCGUCACCAGAAGUCAGUGCCAACACUCAAAUGGAUAAUGAUGUGACGCCGGUUUACUUAGCAGCCCAGGAGGGCCAUUUGGACGUACUUAAGUUCUUGGUGUUGGAGGCAGGAGGUUCGUUGUACGCGAGGGCGAGGGAUGGCAUGGCUCCAAUCCAUGCUGCUAGUCAAAUGGGAUGUCUGCCCUGUUUGCAAUGGAUGAUUGCAGAGCAAGGUGUCGAUCCGAACCUGAGAGAUGGCGAUGGGGCGACGGCUCUGCAUUUUGCGGCCUCGAGGGGCCACUUGGACACCGUCAGGUGGUUAUUACGGCACGGAGCACGGUUGCAGCUCGAUCGCUUCGGGAAAAGUCCGAUUAAUGACGCCGCGGAAAACCAACAAGUCGAGUGCCUUAAUGUUCUGGUCCAACACGGAGCAGUACCCGACUAUGACGACACAAUCAAAAUCAAUAAAACUUCAUCGAAAAAAGAUUCUAAAGAAAGGUGUCUCCACAAUGACACGUCUCUGAACCAAGAGCCGUUUUUCCUACAUCCUCCAUCCAGCAUUACGACAACUCAAUCGGAAACAGCACCACAAACAACAACACAUGCGCCCCAAGACGGGCUUUAUGUAAACCCCAUAGGAGUCUCUGAGGCUGACGACACACCAAAUUCUGAAUUUGCGACCCCGGAAGGGUUCUACUUACACCACCCUCGAGAUGUUAUAUAUAACAGGGUUAAGGACUUGUUUGGAAAUAGAGGACAAAUUACGGUGAAAGCAGAUGUGCACUCUAGUAGUAGUGGUGCUGGUAGUGGCAGUGAUGAAAAUCUUUCAUCUUCAGAUAUUUCAUCUGAACGGGGAUCAAACCAGAGCAACGACUAUGAAGAUAUUUAUGAGAUACGAGAUGAAGCAAGUCGCGAAAAUACAGCUAUACGAUUAAAACCAGACGAAAACGGCCGACAUGCGGAAGGAAAGCAGGAGCAAGUGACAUGCAGAAGUCGCAGCAGGGAUUCUGGCUCACAUAGUAGAUCUGCUAGUGCAAGCUCAGCCAACAGCUGCGAGGUUAUUGUCAAACCAAUUUCAGGGAAGCAAUCCAUACGAAGCGUCCAGACAUCAACUUCUGACAAGGACACAUCCAGCACCUUAAGCACAGUCUACGUCGACCGAAAAUACGACGUAGCAUCACGUCCACACAAAGCAGAAAAGGUGCAACUCCAGAAGAACAGUGCUAAAAAACAACCUAACAACAAAUUAAAGGAACUCAUCACCGAACCUAUCACCAAUGAUUCUCAACCACUAUAUCAUACAGUUGAUGGUGGAAUUGAUACGUUGAACAAUAAUAAUAACGACAGUUCUCGGCACAAUUCUUUACCACUGCACCAUGCAAAUCAUGCAGGAAAAAUGGGUUUAAAACGUGUGGUGUCAGUGCCAAUAGAUAUGAAGGCGCCUCCGCCGCCCCCACCUCCUCCGCCAGGAGUUUUGGAAGAACCAGCUGUUAAACCUAGUGAGGUUACCAAAGCCAGGGGAAAUCUACCAUUAGCAAACAACAAAUCCGACUCGUCUCCAGCGGUGAACGCAUCCUCGCCGCCGGUCAGUGUGUCCAACAGCGGCGAAGAGAGCGCGUCUAGUGUAGUCAUAAUACACCAGCAAUCACAGCAAUCACAGCAAUCACAGCAGCAGCAGCAGCAACAGACCAGGAGCGCCGGAUGCCAUUUGGCGAACAAGAACAGGAAUUUGCAAUUCGUACCUCCUGCCUUCCCGGCACCAGAUGUGUCAGCCGGUAAUAGGUUGAUUAAGCCUUCAGAAUAUUUGAGGAGCUUGAGUGGACGGAAUAGUACUGACUCGGAAGACUACAUGAUUAUCAAGUUGGAUGAUCGUGCCCCGGACGCGGCGCCUCCGCCGUUGCCGCCUCCGUUGCCCUCAGGAGAGACUGCCCUGCCGUAUCUCAUUCAAACAAAUACUCAGCUCGACACAAACACCAGAAAACAACAACAACCCCUAUCAGCAAUUUCCAUUCAGGAUUUACAUAGUGUUCAACUAAGAAGAACAGAUAAAAUGUUGGGGAAAACAUUCUCUGCACCAGCCCGUAGUGCAUCAAUGCAAAGUUUGUCGACCAUCGGUCUCGAACCAUUUUCUGAUCAAAAAACGGAUUUAAUUGCCGAACUUAAAAUGUCUAAAGAUAUCACAGGAAUCAAAAAAAUGAAAGUCGAGCGGGCAAAAAUGGAAAAUUUACAUGACAAGGAAUUCUAUUCGGAAUUUACCAAACAAUUUACUGCUAAUAAUUUUGUUGAGAAGAUCCCUGAGCGCGAUCCUGCAGGAAACACAAUUCCGGAAUGGAAGCGACAAAUGCUGGCGAAAAAAGCAGCAGAACGCGCCAGGAAAGAAUUAGAACAGCAAUUAAUCCGCGAAGCUGAGCAGAAGAGACAAAUGUCAAUUCCUGCUUGGAAGAGACAACUAUUGGCUAAAAAGGAAGAAAAUGAAAAUAAAUUGAAACAAACUUUGUACACUCCGCGAGUUUCCGAUGACCCUGAAUGGCAUCGUGGCGAUUUGACCAGGAAGAAGCGCGCAAUGAGCAUCGAUGACAUAGCGAUGUCUUCAGCCGUUUUACUGGCUGCAGAAACUGCUGCUGCAGCAAAUAAGGAAAACGACGCAAAUAAAGCCAGGAAGGAGGAUAAUGCUAACAACACCAACGGCAAGGGCCGUACUUCACCAUCGCCCUCGGACAAAAGUGACGAUACAGCCCAAAUUAUACCAUGGAGGGCCCAAUUGAGGAAAACCAACAGCAGACUGAGUUUGAUAGAUUAA